CAUAUGUGAUUAUUUUCGUGUUUGCAAAAUCAUAACACAAAAAUGUAAUAAAAAUUUGUUAAAAUGCCGAGGAUUUUACCGCUUAGAAUUACUAUUAGAGAUUGUUUAGUUUUAGUUCUUUUAGUUAUAUUCAAUACAAUUCACAUAACUGACAUGGCAAAUAAUAAUAUUCCCAACAAAGAGAACAAAGUAAAGGAUGAUUCCAAUGAUAAGAUGUUAAGCUUCAGCGAAAAUGAGGAUUAUUUAAAAAGUUGUCCAUCUGCUUUAGACCAAAAGAAUAUUUCCUUGUGUUCCACCUUACAAUAUCCUUGUAUCUCCUGCAACCGAAGUAUAGAUUGUCGUUAUGGUGGCUUUUCCGACUACAAAUGUGUUGUAAAACCUAAAGUAAUUUGUAAUGGCAGUAAAACAUUCAACAGAACAGCUAUGUGUAGAUUUUGCUAUCAAACUGAUAAGUGGGAACACAGGUGUGACCAGAAAGCAAAUUGCAACUCAGUUGCUUCACCACUAACAUAUUACAUGACCAACUGCACAGUUUCAGAUGAUGUAAUAUGUUUAGGUCAUAGAACAUUUCUAAAGAAGAUCAGGUGCUCUUGGACAGCUGGAACUAGAUGGGGCACUGCAUUAAUUCUUGCCUUGACUCUAGGUGGCUUUGGUGCUGACCGUUUCUACCUAGGUCACUGGCAGGAAGGCAUUGGAAAACUCUUUAGCUUUGGUGGACUGGGUGUAUGGACUUUAGUGGAUGCCUUACUCAUUGGUAUCCAUCAUUUAGGCCCUGCUGAUGGUUCUUUGUAUAAUUAAUUGUAGCAUAACUAUUUAUUGUAAUUGUAAACUU